AUGGCCCUGGACGGCGAGCGGGGGGAGCAAGAGGAGGAGAAGAAAAAGAAGAAGAAGAAAAAGAAGAGGAAGAAGAAGAAGAAGGAAGAAGAGGAGGGGGCCGAGAAGAGCAGCUCACCGUUGGCGGCCACCAUGGGGGAGGACGACGCUGCACUCCGGGCCGGCGGCAGGGGGCUCUCGGACCCUUGGGCGGAUUCGGUGGGAGUGCGACCCCGCACCACGGAGCGCCACAUCACGGUGCACAGGCGGCUCGUGCUGGCCUUCGCCGUGUCCAUCGUGGCGCUGCUCGCGGUCACUAUGCUCGCCUUGCUGCUCAGCCUGCGAUUCGACGAGUGUGGGGCGAGCGCAGCGCCUGGCGUCGACGGCGGCCCCGCGGGUUACCCGGCGCGCAGCGGCAACGCCAGCCUCCCGGGACCUGCCCGGCGCAACCACCACGCGGGCGAGGACGCCGCGCUGCCCGCCGCGGGCGGCGAGGCCACCCCGGGCACCCAGUCCGCCCCGCCGCCGUCGGAGGAGGAGCGGGAGCAGGGGCAGCCGUGGACGCAGUUGCGCCUGACAGGCCCCCUCAAGCCGCUGCACGCCUUCAUGGAGAACUUCACCUUCUCCGGGGAGGUCAACGUGGAGAUAGCGUGCCGGAACGCCACCCGCUACGUCGUGCUGCACGCCUCCCGGGUGACGGUGGAAAAGGUGCAGGUGGCGGAGGACCGGGCGGCCGGGGCGGUCCCGGUGGCCGGCUUUUUCCUCUACCCACAGACCCAGGUCCUGGUGGUGGUCCUCAACCGGACAUUGGACGCACAGAGGAAUUACAACCUGAAGAUCAUCUACAACGCCCUGAUCGAAAACGAACUCCUAGGCUUCUUCCGCAGCUCCUACGUGCUUCACGGGGAGAGAAGAUUCCUUGGUGUUACUCAGUUUUCACCUAUACAUGCCAGAAAAGCAUUUCCUUGUUUUGAUGAGCCAAUCUACAAGGCUACUUUCAAAAUCAGCAUCAAGCAUCAAGCAACCUAUUUAUCUUUAUCCAAUAUGCCAGUGGAAACUUCUGUGUUUGAGGAAGAUGGAUGGGUUACAGACCACUUUUCACAGACCCCUCUCAUGUCCACAUAUUACUUAGCCUGGGCAAUUUGCAACUUCACAUACAGAGAAACUACCACCAAGAGUGGGGUUAUUGUGCGAUUAUAUGCAAGACCCGAUGCCAUCAGACGAGGAUCUGGGGAUUACGCUCUCCAUAUAACAAAGAGAUUAAUAGAAUUUUAUGAAGACUAUUUUAAAGUGCCCUACUCUUUGCCAAAACUCGAUCUUUUAGCUGUGCCUAAGCAUCCGUAUGCUGCUAUGGAGAACUGGGGACUCAGUAUUUUUGUGGAACAAAGAAUACUACUGGAUCCCAGUGUUUCAUCUAUUUCUUAUUUACUGGAUGUCACCAUGGUCAUUGUUCAUGAGAUAUGUCACCAGUGGUUUGGUGACCUUGUGACUCCUGUGUGGUGGGAAGAUGUGUGGUUAAAGGAAGGUUUUGCUCAUUAUUUUGAAUUUGUCGGCACAGACUACCUCUACCCAGGCUGGAAUAUGGAAAAGCAGAGGUUUCUGACGGAUGUUCUACAUGAAGUGAUGCUGCUUGAUGGCUUGGCCAGUUCCCAUCCAGUAUCACAGGAGGUGCUGCGUGCAACAGAUAUUGACAGAGUGUUUGACUGGAUUGCAUAUAAAAAGGGUGCGGCUUUAAUUAGAAUGCUGGCUAAUUUUAUGGGCCACUCAGUAUUUCAAAGCGGUUUGCAAGAUUAUUUAACCAUUCAUAAAUAUGGUAAUGCAGCCAGAAAAGAUCUCUGGAAUACACUAUCAGAGGCUUUAAAGAGGAAUGGAAAAUAUGUAAAUAUACAAGAAGUGAUGGAUCAGUGGACCCUCCAGAUGGGUUAUCCUGUUAUCACAAUCUUGGGAAAUACAACAGCAGAAAAUAGGAUAAUAAUUACCCAGCAACAUUUCAUUUAUGAUAUUAGUGGUAAAACCAAAGCACUUGAACUUCGAAAUCACAGUUACCUGUGGCAGAUUCCAUUAACCAUUGUGGUAGGAAAUAGAAGCCAUGUAUCUUCAGAAGCAAUUAUUUGGGUGUCUAACAAAUCAGAGCAUCACAGAAUAACUUCUUUCGACAAAGGAACCUGGUUGCUGGGAAACAUCAAUCAAACUGGCUACUUUAGGGUCAACUAUGACUUAAGGAAUUGGAGAUUAUUAAUUGAACAAUUAAUAAGGAACCAUGAGGUUCUCUCUGUCAGUAACCGAGCAGGUUUGAUAGACGAUGCCUUCAGUCUAGCCAGAGCUGGCUACUUGCCUCAGAAUAUUCCUCUGGAGAUCAUCAGAUACCUGUCUGAGGAAAAAGAUUUUCUUCCUUGGCACGCUGCCAGCCGAGCUCUUUAUCCUCUAGACAAAUUACUGGACCGCAUGGAGAACUACAAUAUCUUCAAUGAAUAUAUUUUAAAGCAAGUUGCAACAACGUACAUCAAGCUUGGAUGGCCAAAAAAUAAUUUUAAUGGAUCCCUUGUUCAAGCAUCUUACCAACAUGAGGAACUACGAAGGGAAGUUAUUAUGCUGGCGUGCAGUUUUGGCAACAAACACUGUCACCAACAGGCAUCGACACUUAUAUCAGAUUGGAUUUCCAGCAAUAGGAAUAGAAUACCACUAAAUGUUAGAGACAUCGUCUACUGCACAGGAGUUUCACUAUUAGAUGAGGAUGUCUGGGAAUUCAUAUGGAUGAAGUUUCACUCUACCACAGCAAUUUCUGAGAAGAAAAUAUUAUUGGAAGCUUUAACUUGUAGUGAUGACAGGAAUUUAUUAAAUAGGCUUCUGAAUCUAUCUUUGAAUUCUGAGGUAGUUUUGGAUCAAGAUGCAAUUGAUGUGAUAAUCCAUGUUGCUCGAAAUCCACAUGGACGAGACCUUGCCUGGAAAUUUUUCAGAGAUAAAUGGAAGAUAUUAAAUACCAGGUAUGGAGAAGCAUUAUUUAUGAAUUCUAAACUUAUCAGUGGAGUUACAGAAUAUCUAAAUACAGAAGGAGAACUCAAGGAGCUCAAGAACUUCAUGAAGAACUAUGAUGGGGUAGCUGCUGCUUCUUUCUCACGGGCUGUGGAAACUGUUGAGGCCAAUGUGCGCUGGAAAAUGCUUUAUCAAGAUGAACUUUUCCAAUGGUUAGGGAAAGCUUUGAGACACUGA